UUCCGAGUCCGAGAAGUUGACGAGGCAGGAACACUCACCGCAACCUACAUACACUCUAUCGGAAAAAAAGGAUCCCCAAGCCGAGUAGAUGCGAUCGAUUCUAUACAGGCAUUCGUCAGUAGCAUUGCCGGGCUAUUGUCCUCUCGCGCCGUGCUUUUAAGCGUGGGCGUCGGCGAUUCUUCAGCAUCGCCUACUUCGGCUUUGCUCCUGUCCAUGCUCCAGCAAUCCUUGAGCCGUAUUGCGAAGGUCGCAUUUGCCUACCGCCUCGGAAAAGCCAUCGAGCCAGAAUGUAAAAUGUACCGAUUCUGUGCAGACCUCUUGCACGAUUCAUCUUUUGUUCUCAACUGCCUUUCUCCCAUGCUCCCGAAAGCAUUUCGGCCGCCAAUCUUAGCUUUGAGUAGCAUCUGCUUCGCUGUCUGCGACGUCGUCGCAAGCUCGACGAAAGCAAGCCUGAGCGCGCACUUCGCGAAGUGGGAGAACCUGGGAGAGCUCAACGCCAAAGACAGCAGUCAAGAAACCAUAAUAUCACUACUGGGAAUGCUGACCGGCAGUCUCCUCGUGAAUUGGAUCUCUGGACAUUGGGCGACUUGGACAGCGCUGAUUCUCAUGUUGUCUGUACAUCUUGAAGCCAAUCGACGGGCAGUCAGAGCCAUUGUAAUGCAGACCCUCAACCGGCAAAGAGCAACAGUGGUGUAUCACCGCUUGUGCGUCGGUCACAUUCCAAGGCCUGCGGAGGUCUCUCGGGUAGAACGGAUCUUUGAGCGCAACGGUGCCGUGAGAGACGCGGAAAAUCGGCUGAUAGGAGUAUGCACGAUG